CAGUUGUCCAUCUGAGCGGAUCCACGCAGCAAAGUUGCCCGUGCUGCCCAACAAAAUGGCUGAAGCAAACUUUGCACUCCCGCAAGCUGUACUCUCCAUCUGCAGCAGCAAUGCGGCACUUCGACCCGGUUAUGGCGAGUGAAGACAACGCUCUCAGGGCUGCAUCUCUCCGGGACGAGGGCAAUGGCUUCUACAAGGCCGGGAACAUGGUCCAAGCCGUCAAGUCCUACAGCGAGGCUACGACGCUGGCCCCCGAUGACGCGAAACCUCUGUCCAACCUCUCCGCUGCCUCCUUCGAGAUGGGAAAAUAUGCCGAUGCCGUCAAAUACGCCGAGAGUGCUUUACGAAAGCUUCCUGGCGACGAAUUUGCUCUCAGGCGUCGAUGCCGGCUUCGGAUCUUGAAGGCUCACAUCCAUACGAAACGCCAUAACCUUGCCUCGGGCACAAUGAGGCAACUGACCAAGGAUAGACAUUUUGUGAAGGAUGACGAAUGGCGAAUCCUGAACAGCGUUCUGGAGCAAGCUCACGACUUCAGCGAGUCUCAGGAUGUGGAUCAUAUUGUGCGAUAUGCAUCUGCGUACUUCAAUGUGGACCAUGACGGGGCUUUUCCUCAUUUCGAUAUCCCCUUCAAAGGAGUGAUGCCAAUGUUCAGCAGUCUCAUUGAACGAGACGAACUCGAGACUUCGCUGUACGCCCACUUUCUGAAGUUGGCGCUACCAACACGAUGUCCCCACCGCGAACCCGCCCUUGUCCAUGCACCGCUCAACACGAUACCAAUGUUCAGGAUGGUGACACGCCUUUACGAACUCGAGUAUCCCGCCCAUUGGCUCUCUACCGUCCUACACAACCUUGCCCACGGCACAAUAAUCACGUCCGCCCGAGCCCCGCCAGCAUACCCGGUCACACGCAAAGACUCGUGUGUCAUGGAGCAAAACAGAAAGCGGAAGAUCUCCAUCAAGCCAUUUGCAGCAGAAUUCAGCACACUCACAACGCUGUUUACCUCUUGUCUACCUUUCGGUGUGAUCAGCCCUGCCAUCCCGUGUAUAUCAAACGUGCACAGGUACUCGAUUUCAUUUCCACCCUUUGCGACGACGGAAGAGUUAGAUACGGCCUUGAUGCUAGUAUUCUUCAACACGACGCUUCCUUCAUUCUCCCGACCCGUGGAUCUCAGACAUGCAUUGCUGGAUGAUGACAAGGGUGAUUGUAGCCCCGACGCUAAAAGGCUGCGGGAUGAGGGAGUCGCGGUUGUUAAGACCUUCAUCUGGAAUAUGCUGGAGCGGAGUGCUGAGUUUUGGAUGAGGAAGGAUGAGGUUGAAAGGUGGUGUAAUGAGGAAUGGGAGGUGAGUGUAUGGCGGGCGGACGACUGGAGUCGUGUGAAUAGCGGAGUGAAAGUGAAUGAGGGAUUGGUGGAAAUGGACGGACUAUUUCCUAAUGAACAGGCGGAUUUGGAAAUUUAAAAAAAAAGGGAUUUCGUGGAAUGGCACGCGCGGCGUAUUACACGGCGUAUUAGACAGCGGAGGGCUUCAGGCGUCAUCUCUAGAAGGAAAAGCACAAUUCUUAGGGUUCAGCGCCUGCUCAUAACAGAAAUUUCGUGUGAACUAGUCUUUGUCAAAGCGCUCCUCGGUGCUACGCCACUCUGAACCUCAUGGAUCGGCGGCUGGUUGUGUCGCUAAACCCUUUUAGAACAUCACCACAAUUGCUUC